GUCGCCGCCGCCGCUGCUGUUGUGUCGCUCGGAGGAGCAGCUGCAGUGAGACCGAGCGAGGUUGACAAAACCGAGCAAGCCCACGAAGUCAGAAACGCAAUAUUUUGUGGUUAAAUCGAGAAAUUGACUUUGAAUAUCAUCGGUGUAUUUUAUUUCAUUAUUUUUAAAAAUAUUUUCACUCACCGUUUCACGUUCUCAGUCUGCAAUGACUGAUACUACUGGCCGCGUUUAGCCAAUGCUUACUGCGGGGGAUCUCGUUUUGUGGAUUAUCAUCUGUGGCUGCCGAGGCAGUGGUGGCAUGGUCGCGGCCGGAGGAGGCCCCUCUUUGCCGGAUGGAUGCGCGUGAGGCAGCGGCGGACUGCGACCACUCGUGAAGACCGACCGUCCGUAGUAAUGAUGCCUGGGUCUCAUCGGCAGCCGCGGGCGAACUCCUCUUGAAUGUUCGGGCUUCGUCGCCCUACCAACAAAGACCAUUUCCUCACACGGCGAACAUUUUAUUCCUUGAAAACUGGACGCCCCCGGAGCAGUUUAUGACGAUCCUGGUAGGAGCGUGAUGAGCGCGCGCUUCCGCUUGCCUGCUGGCAGAUCCUACAAUGUCCGGGCGACGGAGCUGGAGCGAGACAGGCACCACACACAAGUUGUGUGCAACGUACUGCUGCUGGACAACACUGUCCAGGCUUUUAAAGUCAGCAAGUCCGAUCAUGGGCAGGUCUUGCACGACGUGGUUUUCAAGCACCUGGAGCUGACCGAAAGAGACUACUUUGGCCUGCACUUGGCAGAUGACUCCUCUGAUGUUCCGCGCUGGCUGGAUCCCAACAAGCCCAUCAGGAAGCAGUUAAAAAGAGGUUCCCCCCACAACUUGAGCUUCAGAGUCAAAUUUUUUGUGACCGAUCCCAGUAAACUUCAGGAGGAAUACACACGGUACCAAUAUUUUCUUCAGAUCAAACAGGACAUAUUAACUGGAAGAUUGCCCUGUCCUCACAACACAGCUGCACUCCUGACUUCCUAUGCUGUUCAAUCUGAACUGGGGGACUACAAUGAGACUGAGCAUCCUCUGGGCUAUCUGUCUGAGUAUUGCUUCAUCCCCAACCCACCUCAAGAUUUCCAUAAAGAGGUCGCCAAACAUCACCAGCAGCACAAUGGUCUAUCUCCUGCCCAGUCGGAGUUUAAUUAUCUGAACACAGCACGCACGCUAGAACUCUACGGAGUAGAGCUGCACUAUGCAAAAGAUCAGAGUAACACAGAGAUACUCAUUGGGGUGAUGUCUGCAGGUGUUGUCAUUUAUAAGAACAGGAUACGGAUCAACUAUUUCCCAUGGUUGAAAAUUGUGAAAAUAUCCUUCAAGUGCAAACAGUUCUUCAUCCAGUUGAGAAGAGAGGCGACCGAGACCCGAGAGACUCUACUUGGUUUCAACAUGGUAAACUACCGGGCCUGUAAGAACCUGUGGAAGGCCUGUGUGGAGCACCACACCUUUUUCCGGCUGGAACGACCCAUCCCGCCACAGAAGAACUUCUUCUCCCAUUAUUUCACCCUGGGCUCAAAGUUUCGAUACUGUGGGAGAACAGAGGUACAGUCUGUACAGUACGGAAAAGAGAGAGGCAUCAAGGACAGAGUGUUUGCCAGAUCUCCCAGCAAGCCUCUGGUCAGGAAGUUGUUGGGAGGAACUGACUGGGAGACGGUGAGCAGGAACAGCCUAUCAGAUGAAAGACUGGAGACACAGAGCCUGCCGACCCGCUCGCCGCCUGGGACGCCCAAUCAAAAUUCACUGUUUACACAAGAGGGUACACGGCUACGCCCGUCAUCUGUCGGCCACCUGGUUGAUCAUGUGAUACACACGUCGCCUAGCCUGCCCGUCUUCUCCUCCAAUCACAAGUCGGCCUCCUCCACGCAGGCCAACAGUAUCAGCUUGGACUCCACCCCUUCUCCUGACGGGAUGGAGGGCCAACCUCCGGCUCUGCCCCCCAAGCAGCUGAGCAGGAAAACCUUGAGCCAGAUCAUCCAGGCCCACUCACAGCAGAGCCUCCUGGACAACCACCUCAACGAGAUGUACGAUGUUCCUACCAACCCUGACAAGACCACGCUAAACGGAGUUGUCCCUCAUGAUAAUCUGGUCUUGAUCAAGAUGAGACCUGAUGAACAUGGACGUUUUGGGUUCAACGUUAAGGGUGGAGCUGACCAAAAGAUGCCAAUCAUAGUGUCCAGAGUUGCUCCUGGAACAUCAGCUGACCUGUGCGUACCCCGUCUGAAUGAGGGCGACCAGGUCGUCUUAAUUAAUGGGCGGGACAUCUCGGACCACACCCACGACCAGGUUGUCAUGUUUAUCAAGGCUAGCUGUGAGAGCCACUCUGGAGAACUCAUCCUCUUGGUCAGGCCAAAUGCCAUCUAUGACGUGGUGGAGGAGAAGGUGGACUCUGAACCAGAUUUUCAGUACAUCCCAGAGAAGUCCCCUCAGGACCCCACCCAGCUAGACCAGCAUGCUUUGAGGGACUCUAUGGUUGCCCUGAAGGACGGUCUUAGCAGCGGGGCCAUACUGGCCCAGUUUGACCAACUGUACAGGAAGAGGCCAGGGAUGACCAUGCUGUGUGCCAAAUUACCUCAGAACGUUUCCAAAAAUCGCUACAGAGACAUCUCUCCCUAUGAUGCUACGCGGGUCAUUCUGAAAAGCACAGAUGACUACGUCAAUGCAAAUUACAUCAAUAUGGAGAUUCCUGCCUCCAGUCUUAUAAACCGCUACAUAGCUUGCCAAGGUCCUUUGCCCAACACCUGCCCAGACUUCUGGCAAAUGACUUGGGAGCAAGGUUCGUCUAUGGUGGUCAUGCUCACAACGCAAGUCGAGAGGGGACGGGUGAAGUGCCACCAGUACUGGCCCAAUCCAGACAACAGCGCUCCCUAUGGAGACUUCACUGUUACCUGCCACAAUGAGGAGGGCAAUUCAGCCUUCCUGGUCCGGGAAAUGACGCUCAUGCACUUAGAGAGUGAGCAGCAGAGAGAGCUGACCCAGAUCCAGUACCUGGCAUGGCCUGACCACGGUGUCCCUGACGACUCCACUGACUUCUUGGACUUUGUGGCUUUGGUUCGGAGUAAAAGGACCGAGCAGGACCAGCCAAUGGUGGUACACUGCAGUGCUGGGAUUGGUCGGACAGGUGUUCUGAUCACCAUGGAAACAGCGUUGUGUCUCAUGGAGUGCGGCCAGCCAGUGUACCCUCUGGAAAUCGUCCGGACCAUGAGAGACCAGAGAGCCAUGAUGAUCCAGACACCCAGUCAGUAUCGGUUUGUGUGUGAGGCCAUCCUGAAAGUCUACGAGGAGGGCCUGGUUCGCCCGCUGACCCCUGCCGUCUACCAUCUCCGAGAGAAGGCGGACAGUGACCAGGAUGAGGAGGAGAACAUAGAGGAGAGAGAUGAAAAAGCGGAGGUAGGGGAGGAGAAGGCGGCUGUGGUGGAGCUGCUGGAAGGAGAUCUGGAUGACGAGGAUGACGAUGACGAAGAGGUGGAGGUGCUCGACGUGGGGGAGGUGACGGAGGAUGAAGUGGAGGAACCCAGCGUCGCCAGCGCCACCAGCGAGACCAGCGUGAACCCUGAACCCGAUCCUGAAGACCCGUAACACUUUUUAAGGGGAAGCAGGAACAGGAGGAGAGAACAAACGCACUGUUGCACUUUAUGAUAACAAAAAUGGAAAGAACAAAUAGACAACAGACAAGAAAACCCAUGGACAGGUUCCAAUUAAAGAAGCAAUCCCACCAUGUUGAUUCAGUACCAUUAGAGGCUGUUGUGUGUUCAGGGGACACACAAUGGAUAUCGAGUUGCUUUUGUGCCAUAAGUACCAAGGGGCUGGGGCUGUCCCAUGGAUGGUAAGCUUUCCCACCUCCCCCCAUUUCUCGUCACCCUUGUGGGCGAGUCUGCCAGACAGACCUGCCUUUUUUCUUUUUUUUUUUAAAUGUCCUUUUAGCUGAUACAGAGACAAACCUUUAUCUUUUGUCCCUCCCGAAAGAGUAUUUAUUGUUUUAGUUUGUGUCAAACCCUCUCCACUGAACAAAAUGAGUUGUAUGUUUGUACCAGUCUAGAACGUCAUGCUUUACCAGUCCACUUUUAAGUAGUAAAGUAGUCUUGAGUACUCUUAACUGCUUCAUUAAUUCUUUUGCUUUGUGAGGAUGGAAAAAAGACGCAAUUUAAUUUAUUGUUUUGAUCUUUCUCGGCUUUCUCAUUUCAGACUGACAGAUGGACAUUUAGUCAAAUUUAGCGUGGUGACUUUGGUUCAUUGCUUUGCUUUUUUUCUUUUUUCAGCUGGCAGACAUAUGGUGUAGUGAAGAACAAAACAGGUUUACAAUUUUCACGGCGUGUUAAGUGGGCACCCCUUUUUUCAAAUUUGUGUGCAUGAAUCACUUGAAAUCAAUGCACAUUAAAUGGGCCCUCACACCCCUUUUUUCACUGCUCAAAUGAUCUUUAAACUUUGAUGACAUAAGCCACCCUCAUUGAUUGCCAUAGGAAAUUGUUUUCAUAGGCAUAGAAUUUUUUUUUUUUGUGUAGUAGUAGUAGUACUGUCGGGGCUCAUUUGGUCAAAUUUCCUAGGAGGAGUCCGAGGCAUGGAGUUCGCCCAAAAUGGCUGCUUUAAAUGCAAAUGGCUGACUUCCUGUUCAAUUUUGGGUCCUUGAGAUGUUUUUGUGCACCCUGUCAUGAUGGACGUGUUCACCCAAUUUUGUGUCGGGGGGCCUAUGAGUUUUUUAUGGGGUGGGGGGUUUCACCCUAAAAUAUGUGGAUAUUUCCCAGGAGACGCACACAAACAGAGCAAGUCCCCUCAUUCCCACUGAGUGGAACCAUUUGGUGAGUCCAUACAGAUAUGAAGCCUGAAAAAAAAUAAAAAUAAAUAACGCGUCACACGAUUGGGGGGGGGGGGGAAACUGAAAAUCCUCAUGUUUUCACUCCCUUGGAUUUUUCUGAUUGGAAACAUGCGCGGCACUUUUUUAGUCUUAUUUGAGGAUAUGUAGUGGUUCACCAUCAUUUCAAGGUACUUGUUUUUAAAGCUAAGUGAUGGCAGUUGAGUGUUCACCGGCCCAAGUGAUCAAGUCCAACAUGGACUUUUAAUUUAUUUAACGUCAUGUUGUUAUUGACUUUUGUUAUUGAUUGACAUGAUUUACCAUUGUUUGUGUGUAAUGUUUCAUCGCGUUCUUUGACGACUGGAUGAGUUUCAUUUGGAAGUUUCCGUUUUUUCAGUCCUUCUUUACAGUUGCAUCUCAAUACAUUUGAAUUUGUGGAAACCUUAAUUUGUUUUAGUAGUUAAAUUGAAAAAGUCAUACUUGUAUAAUAUAGAUUCACUACACACUGAAAUAGUUAAUGUUUUUGUUUUUUAUAAUUGUGAUGCUUAUAUAUAUAUAUAUAUAUAUAUAUAUAUAUAUAUAUAUAUAUAUAUAUAUAGCUAAUUUGCAAGUAAUUGACACCCACCCUAUAAAUGCCACAAGAUGGCAUCAAAGCACUACCUUUGUCUUGUUAAACCUCCACAACUCACUUCAACAUAGUUCCUUGGCACCAAGAUGCCACGAGAUGGCAGCAAAGCAAUACUUUAAUUGCUUUCACAUGAGCAAAAAGCGAAGAAUACUGUAUGUGGCUUUUUCAGUGAAUGACGGAAGAUAGGUUUCCCCAAAAAAUUUGGAAAUGCCGAGCCGCAAAUAUGCAGGACUUCAGUGUAGAAAUUGGAAUAUUACAUUGGAAACAAUCAAUUAGAUUUUUACCAUAGAAAUUACUUUAGAAUUGGCCUUCUGAAAAGUACUUACCUUUGUGUUCCUAUUUUAAUGAAUCUAUAUAUGUUAUAUCAACUUAACUUUUUUAAUUGACCUACUGAAAUAAAUGACCUUUUCCACCACUCGAAGUCAUUGAGAUGUACUUGUAUCACCUUCCUCCUAGUUAACGUUUGAAUAUUUGGAGCUGUCUGUUCUAAGCCUGCUUGUCUCUUAACUGGAAUGAAACAUGUUGCCAUAAAAAAAAAAAAAAACACUGACAUGAUUAUUUUUAUUAGUCUGUUCUGAGCAACCGGCCCAGUUUUCAAAGCGUGCUAAUCUCAACCUUUUAUCCCGAGUCAUACUGAUACUUUGUCCCCUAUCAAGAAGUUUUGUUCUCAUCCAAGACUGAUCUGGCUCCCACAACACAUCUCGUCUAUCCUUCUCAUGCUUUAUAUUGUGGUCUGUUGGAACAGUGGAACCGUACGUUUGUUUUUUCGGCAGUACAUCCUCGAGCUUCUUUUUAAAAGAACAACACUAGCCGAGUUGGUCAUUUUAAAAAUUUUAUUUAGUUUAAAACCAACACUUUUUAAGAGCGGCAUCUCCAAGACAUAUAAGACCAAAACUUUUUCCGGUAUGCCAUUUUACCAAGAAAAUAAAACCACACGUCCCUAAAGAUAGCAUGUGUACACCUGCACCAAACAUCCACCAAGCAGCUGUAUAAUUAAAACGAUUUGUAAAUGACCCAUAUUUGGUGCGUUUAGGGUACUGAUCUAAGGUAGUUUUAGAGGAGUUCCAGAAUGCGAAGGGUCUGCUUUAGCUGUAUUUUUUUUUUUUUGCAAAGAUGAAACCUGUUGUAGAUGGCUGGGAGAACGAUAGCACUUUGUAGAAUGCUGAGUGCCAAGUAGUGCUACUGAAAAGAAAAAAAAAAAAGUUCCUUAUUCGUGUUUAGGAUUUAUUUUCAUUUGUUUUAAAAGUAAGACACGAAUGGGGGGAGAACUUCGAACUACACAGUGCCACUUGUUAAUUUUGUGUAAAUAAUGCUAGACCGUGUAAAUACGAUGUUGUAUAUUAAAAAAAAAAAUCUUUAAAAUAAAAGGGAAAAUCAAUUGUGAGCAGAAGUAUUUUGUUGUUUUCCUCUGGAUGAUUCAAAUGUUACACAACUGAUGUGUAUUUCAAGACGUCUUGAUUUGACUUGACACAAUCUACACCGGCGAGUAUAUAUGCUAAAACCCCAAGACGAUGUUUUUCCUCAUAUUUUAAAUGAAGCUUUUUGUGUGUCGUACAAAUGUCUUGUUUCUUUCUGACUGGGAUCCUGGUUUUACUGGUGCUUUG